AAAUACUGAGACAAAAUCAAUCAGUUUGGGCCAAUAUCGCAGCUCUGCGCUUUAAUUUGCUCAUAUAACUGAUGAGCUUAAACAUCUCACAGACAAUUAUUUUUAUCAUCAGAGCGGCGCAGUUCCUAUUCCCCAUGGUCGUGGCUUUUGAGAUAACAGAUUAACAAACGAGCGGUCGCAGCGAGUGUCAUGGUGAUCGAAGAAAAUUGAAGGCGUCGAUCAGCUCAGCUGCAUUUCUCCCAAGGCUAUAACGUUGCUGCCAGGCGUUUUAUGCUAAGUGGUAAAAAAGGCUCAAAGAUAUUUUCCAAAAACUUCAGAUUAGCGUCUUCGCCUUUUUAAAGAUUUCAAUCAGCUACAUCCGCUCAGUAAACGCAAAUCAAGAGCACACGCAACACAGGUCUGUUGGUGCGAUCUGGUAAACUUGUGAUUUCUUCUCUAACAGGAAUUUCAUCGAAAUCUACAGAACGAAGGAAAUAUUCGAGUUCAAUAUGGAAAGAAAUUCUACCUUGGAAAACAACACUCGUGUUCAUCCUGUGACAAACGUAUCGAGCGAAGAUGAUGAGCACAAGGAUAUGUAUCAAGGAUCUUUCAAUCUUGUAGCAGAUGUUCCUCCAAUUGUCCUGGCAUUUUUUAUCGUAACUAUUAACACCAUGGUGCUACUUUUGAUGGCUAAGAAAAAACAUCUCCGAUCGAUCACUAAUCUUCUGCUAUGUAGCCUGGCUGUGUCUGACUUGCUCACAGGCCUGGUUGCUGUGCCAAUGUUUCUCAUGUGCAACCAUCACAUCCAAUUAGCCACGUGCAUCACAGAAGAAAUGACGGCACGCUUCAUAAGUACUUUGAUUGUGUGUCAUUUGAUGGCCGUGACAACUGACAGAUACUUAGCCAUCGUUCAUCCUCUGCGUUAUUCCACACUGGUCACCAAGCCCAGGUGUGUUAUGGUUAUUCUCCUUAUAUGGCUAUUGUCAGCGGUUACUUCAUUAUUGCAGUUCACCUGGCUCGACCCGAUCCAUCAUGACCCUCACGAGGGGGAAUCAGAUCAGUUCAGGAAGAAAGAACUGAUUUAUGACAUUGCGUUUCUUGCUUUGUACUUCCUCUUUCCAGUGGUUUCCAUGCUUUUCUCUUAUGUCAGAAUCAUCUUUGAGAUCAUCCGCCAAAGCCGAAAUAUUCAACGGCACAGUACGCCGGGCGUAAGUGACAGAAGAAACAGAAACCACCACGAAAGGAAAGCCAUUGUAAUCUUUGCCGCCAUGAUACUUCUUUACGUAGUUUGCUGGUUACCUUACUUUGGAAUUCGAAGGUUUGACAUGUCUGAGGCACCAUUAAUUUUAUUGUAUUGUAUCCUCUGGCUGAGAUACCUGGCGUCGUUUUUAAACCCUUGUAUGUACAUAUUUGGCAAACAGGAUUUCCGUAAGAUUGCAUUUGACAAUUUUCGACGUCUGAGCGACAUCAAACUAGAGUUGAAUUUUAUUUCAACUUCCAAGUUCAACAUUUUGAAGGCAACCUUGGCAACAUCCGGUGUUAAAAGCGAAAAAAUCAAUAUGAAGUCCUUCCCUAAAGUUAACACCAAGAAUUAAAGAAUAACUCCAGGAUCUUAUAAAGCAGUCAGGCUUCGGAGUGUUUCUUUCAAAAGCUUAGCUGUUUGACUCUCGUAGAUUUACAUAAUCUGGUGGUAUGUACUCUAUGUCUAAACUACAUUGAAGCAGCCGGCAGGAGGCUCCUGCAGCCGUUAAUUAUGUUAGUAACUCACUGUUAGCAGAGAAUUCAAAGAAGCUUCAAGAGGGUAAAAGUAUGUCAGCACGACCUUCGUUGGGUAGUCUUUGAGUAAGCACACUAUUUUCAAGUAGUCUUGGUUAAGUCCCUUAGUUAAGUACGUCUUUUGUCCGUCAGCAAACUAGCCCUAAGCCCUAAGAUUACUUUUGGGGAUACUAAAGUGUUUAUUUUAUAAAUACUUUCCGUAAUGGCGUUCGUCUGUUCAAUAAUAGAUCAAAAUUGACGUCAAUAUGUCUUAAGAACAGGAAAGUGGCUCUCGAGGUGCAGUCGAGUGUUUCUGAUCUUCUUACCACAUUUCGACGUUUUAGAUUAUUUAUCACUGUACAAACCCACGGCAACAGGGAAUCUAUUUGUUUUAUAUGAUAGAUAAAAAACAACCAUUUUGUCAAUGGCGAUGUCAUCUGUGCAGAUGUCUUCCGAUAAAUCAUAAGUAAGAACUAUUCAAAAUGCGUGUAUCAUUCAGCUCAUUACAUAAAAAUUAACCCUUUAACUUCCACCCAAGAUCUCAUUAGUAAUUCUCCUUAUUGUUUUCCAAACGACUCUCAUUAUGUUAGUUUGGAGAAUUUGGUAUUGGAUCAAUUAGUAAUCCCAUAAAAAAUUGUUUUUCUUUAUUCUCAUCACUUAAUUGCUUGAUAUUGUAUCAAUAUUGUGAGGAGAAAUUCUGUCUUGGUCACUUACGGGAGUUAAAGGAUUAAUUUAGUAUACAGUUUUAAUCCUUGUAAAAAUAAAUGAGCCAAAGUUGCAGCCAAACCGUUGAUAGGAUUCUGGUGUUCCAUCUGAACUUGACUAUGACAGACUCGUAAGGUCUUUGUAACCCAUGAAGGGAAAUAAUUUUCGAGAAAUAAAAACGUCGCGACUACAUCGUGAGACAAACGAAAAAACUUAGCUUUUAUUGAAAUAAUAUUGUAGUAAUUGCCCCACAAAUAAGGCAAAAACUAAUUGUAUAGAAAUUAACAAAAUGAGAAGGGCCAAAUAAAGGCCAUUUGAGAAAAUCAUGGUGAAAAAGAAAGUUCUCAAAAAUGUCUAGGAUGUUUCAAGGGAACGAGUGAUCACCUUACAAGUAAUCAAAUACAUUUGUAAUUAUAAAAACAUUUGUUACAACAUUAUAGCUCAAAAUGAUCAGGGAAUGAAAAUUCC